CAACUUUUUCUGCUGUCCCCAAGAUCUGCUGAACUCUGAAGGGAAAUUGACCUUUCUCUAAUAUUUAGAUUACUGCACAUUGCUUUAUUUAUUUUUUCAAAAAUGUUAAACAUAUCUCGUUCUAAAGUACAACAGUGUAGUUUAUCUGUGAUACGAAGACUGAAAAGUACCCUGGUAAUUGCUGAGCAUAGUGAUGGAAAAGUUGUGCCAAUAACUUUAAACGCAAUUACUGCUGCUAAACAAUUAGGUAAUGAAGUUACGCUUCUAGUAGCUGGAACUAAAACUGCACCGAUUGUGUCUGAACUUGCAAAGGCUGAGGGAGUUACUAAGAUACUGGCUGCUGAAAAUGAAGCAUUUAAAGGAUUAUUACCUGAGGCAUUGACUCCGUUAAUACUAGAAACACAGAAACAGUUCAACUUUACUCACAUUCUUGCUGGUGCAUCAGCAUUUGGAAAGAACUUAAUCCCAAGAGUUGCUGCAAAAUUAGAUGUAUCUCCAAUCUCUGAAAUUACUAGCAUUAAAGAUACAGAAACUUUUGUCCGAACCAUUUAUGCAGGUAAUGCUAUUCAGACAUUGAAAUCUAAAGAUCCUGUGAAAUUAAUUACAGUAAGAGGCACAAAUUUUGCUGCUUGUAAUAUAACUGGAGGAAAUGCUUCUGAGGAGAAAGCUCCUUCCUGUGAUAUAAAAAAUGAUGUUUCUUCUUGGGUGAGUCAAGAACUGUCUAAAAGUGAGCGUCCAGAGCUCACUAGUGCUAAACGUGUAGUCUCUGGUGUAGGUCCCAGUUCCCUCUCGUCUGAUUUGAUGAUGUCCACCAGCACACCAAUCGAAUCCUCCCGAAUCGCACCGUACAUCAAUGUGUCUAGCGCGAUGGCGAGGUUGCCCCAGGAGCGGUACUUAGUUCCAGGUGCCCACUAUCUUCCAUAUGCCGACCCAGCUUUCCUCGCUGCUGCCCAACACUACGCAGCCGCAGCUGCUGCUGCUGCGGUUGCUAACACAACAACUGGUGGAUCGGCUGCUUCCGGUGCAACUUCAGCAACUGCUCCACCACCGCAUCACAGUUUCUUGUUCUACCCAACACCCACACAUCCUUUCAGUUUAUCUGCUCUGAUGGCGGCAGAGAGACUAAAUAACAAAAAUUCCAGCAUUGCAGACUUACGGUUAAAGGCCCAGAAACACGCUGCAGCUCUCGGUUUGUAA